UCUUCGUUAAAGACUAUUUUUGGACAAAAACUUAAAAAAUAUUAUCUUAGGGAAUUUUUCUUUUAAUAUUGUUGGUUUAAUUUUAUCUUAUUUUAUAAAAUAUGAAUGAAUAAACCAAAAAUGUUUCUCUCCACUCUCUACCUUAAAAUAUACCAUCUAAAGGCUAAAUGGCUUUAUUUAUAACUUUAAAGCACAAAAUUUGCUUUAGAAACAUAAUUUAAAUAAAAAACAGCAACAUCAAAUGAAGCAGCAAAUAGGAAUGUAUUUAUACAAAAGAAAACAUGAAUUGCUUGAAAUUAAGUCUUAUGUGAAAGAUAUCCCACCAAAACACAAUAGUAUCGCCUUUCAUGAAAUAUUUUCCUUGGAGUACCAUAUUCCAUCCAUGAAAUUUGAAAUCAUUAUCUCCAUCUUUUCUUAUGAUAUGAGUAGUUGUAAUCUUAGUAUCAUAAUCAAAAACAUCAAGAAGAAUUGGCUCGUUGUUUUGUAUCAAUCCUGUGACAUCCUUUCUAGGAAGAUAUAUAAAUAUGUUUGCUUCAAGUAACUCUUUCGACAUCGUUAUCGUAUUACUUAAACCUAUCUCUGAUUAUGUCAACGUUAUGAAGAUGUUCCUUUCGCUUUUUGGGUCGAACGGUGCAUCUGGAUAUAGAUCAGUACCUGCCAUGAGUUAGCACACAAAGAUAUAUGACUAUUAGACUAAAUGAUAUACAAUAUUUGUGUUGUAAAUCAUAGUGUGUUAUUAAGGAUAUAUAUAUAAUAACAACAAGUUGUAUUGCAUUGUUGAUUGUAAUGAAGACAUUGUAUUUAUUAGAAAGAUAUGAUUUUUGUUUCCAUUGAUAUCCUCAGAUUCUUGCACUAGUAAGUGCAUGUGUUAUAUUUUAGGCAUGAUAAGAUUAAUUAAUUGUUGGAUAUUACAUGAUAUUAUAAAAUUUGGAAUCUUUUACUAUUUUUAAACUAAUAUUUGUUAAAGUUCUGACAUAUACUAAUUAAUAUAUAAUAAAAAUGUAGAAAGUUAUCUUAACAAUAUCAAAGCUAUUUAUUUUAUUUUUUUGCCAAGCUAUUUAUAUAUCUACACAUAUUAUCACUCAAAUUGUCAACUUUCUCCAGCUUUCUUCAACGUUGGCUUUUCUAUAUGUUGAACAUGUGCCCUUUAUAUUAGUUAUUCAUCUCCUAGUGAAUAUUUCAAUAAUUAAUAAAUAAAAAUUUAAAAACUUUCUCAUAAUUUAAAAAUAUUAUUAAUGGUAAAUAAUCUACCAAGGAAUCUCUUAUUUAUUUGAUUAAGAUUUUUAGUAACACAAAACAAAACCAAAAUUUAAUUUUUGUAAUUCAAUUUCCGGGGUUUGAAGCCUCUUAACUAAAACAAUCAACUGAAGAAAAAAAAAGAACUAGCGUUUCAAUAUAUCUAUAUUGACCAAUUAGAAUAUGAAUUGAAUACAACAAAAUUGGGAGAGGAUAUGCUCAUUACAUGAACAAUAUGGGAAUGAAAGUCUCAUACAUAAUUGAUAAAUGAUUGGAAUACGUGAGUAUGAGAGCAAAUUGAAUCGAAAGAUUCAUGUUUGGUUUGGGAAGGGAUCAUAGAACUUUUUUUACUGAAUAAUCUACUUUCAUUAAAUGAUUUAUUAGAUAACCGAAAGCAGAGGAAUAAAAUUUGGUGUCAAUCAAGUGGAAGAAGUUUGCAUAGUAUUCUUAAAAUAUAUAAAAAAGAUUUUUAAUCAAUUUAUCACCAAUUAGUUUGAAGUUUGAUGUUUUUAGUUAUAUAUAUAUUGGUUUUAGGUUUGACAUUUUUUAAUCUACUUAGUAUAGUUAAUAUAUAAUUUAUUCAUGUUCGAGAAAUGAGGUUGCUAAGAUCCUUCCAUCAGCCAAGCAAAAUUAGUUCGAACAAAAAGGCAAAAUGACUUAACAGAUAUAAGGAAAUAAACAGUGGGGUGAAUUCGUCAAGAAAGAAAAGAUAAAGGUCCUAUAAGAAAAUAACAGUAGUCAAUAUCCAACUAAAAGAACCUACUUGAGUCAUGUGCAGCCAAAGCUUAGUCGCCUUUUCCAGAUGUUCAACCGUGUUAAAACUUAAAAGUAACUUGAAAACAUUGUUAAGCUUCAUUUUGUUCAGGAUACUUACACUUCCUUUCCUUUUUUUCUAGAUACUGGAGUUCACCAAUCAUUUAUCCACUGAUCCAAAUUGUUUGGAGAAUUAUCAGCGUGCAGAUGCAAUCAAAUAUUUUGAUCCCUAACCUGGUGCUUAAGGAUGGGAAUCUUGUUUAUCAGAUCCAUCACGAGGUGCUUAGUGCACUAUUCAAUCUGUGCAAGAUAAACAAGAGGAGGCAAGAACAAGCGGCUGAGAACGGAAUCAUACCACACCUGAUUAUUUUCAUCAUGUCGGACUCUCCUCAAAAAAAAUAUGCAUUGCCACUCCUAUGCGGUAUGGCUCAUGCGUCUCGGAACUCAGGAGAGCAGUUAAGAUCCCACGGCGGUCUGGACAUGUACCUGAAUUUUAUAGAUGAUGAGUAUUGGUUAGUGAUAGCCUUGGAUUCGAUUUUUGUUUGCUUGGCGCAAGACAAUGACAACAACCAUAAGGUGGAGCAGGCGUUGCUUGAGAACGAUGCAAUUCAGAAAUUAGUUAACUUCUUCCAGAACUGCCCGGAGAGAUACUUUGUGCACAUACUCGAGCCGUUCUUGAAGAUCAUUACGAAAUCAUCACUAGCUAUCAAUGUAUUGAGACCACCAAGAUGCUAUUGCUUAGACUCAAUCUUCUGAAGCUAAUCAACUUCACUGACGGCUAGCGCUUCUGCUGUAACCGGACGAGCCGCAAAACCUCUGAUCUCGGUGGUAGCAAGGUGAUCCUCUAAAAACCAACCAAAACCAGCAUUUUCAAAAGACAAAAUUAUUUAACAUAAAUUACAUAUUAUGAAGAGUUUUAUACAUUUUUAAUAUUGUUGGUUCGGUUUUAUCUUGUUUUUUUUAAAAUAAGAAUGAAUAAACCAAAAAUAUUUCUCUCCCACUCUCUACCUUAAAAUAUAUCAUCUUAAGGCUAAAUGGCUUUUAUUUAUAACUUUAAAGCACAAAAUUUGCUUUAGAAACAUAAUUUAAAUAAAAAACAGCAACAUCAAAUGAAGCACCAAAUAGGAAUGUAUUUAUA